AUGCACUCUUACAAAUUUGUGGCUUUAUAUGUUUGGAAUGGUGCUGAGUUGUGGUUAAGUUUCUGGUCAGAGGUGCAUUAUAACUCUUUAUACGACAUUCAAGGUUUGUCUUGUGUUUACGAAGUGAAACAAAAUGGUGGCUUUGUGCUUGAGGAUACUGAUUAUGAUCUUCUUUCUGAGUGCAGCGGUUCAAGUUCAGCAGAAGCCAAAGAGAAAACAUUGGCUGUUCUAGAAAGCAAGCCUCUCACAUGGACAACAUCUUCGUAUUAUUUUCUCAGUAUUGUGCAUAAGUCAACAAUACGUGUAAGCGGUCAAAACGCAGCACCACUCUUCAAGUUCCUUAAGGCAAGCAAACUCACUUUUCUAGGUUCCAGAAAUAAGUGGAACUUCACCAAAUUCUUGGUCAGCAAAGAUGGCAUAGUGAUUGAUCGUUACGGCACGAUGGUUACACCCCUGUCCAUCGAGAAAGACAUCAAAAAAGCUCUGGAAGAGGCUUGA